AUGGCCGGCCAAAUGACCAGGGGUGAAGGUCCAAAACGAUUCACCUAUUCGACUUCCCUUGAUGAACAUCGCAUCCGCCUCAUCACAAUCAAAUCAAUACCCGACGGCUCCAGUACUACACAUGAGGAGACGCCGCCUGAUCUCGUCAUGAAAGCAUAUGCCCUCUCAGACCGCCCUCUUUAUGCCGGGCUAUCGUACACUUGGGGUCCGGCCGAAUUCGAUACGGAGGAUGCGGAGGAAGAUCGACUCAUAUCCCUUAACGGCGAAGCCUUCCACGUCCGCCCGAAUCUUUACGAUGCGCUUCUGCAGCUACGAGAGACCUUCCCAGACGCUGUGUUCUGGAUUGACGCCAUUUGCAUCAACCAGAAAGAUCUUCGAGAGCGCGAGACCCAGGUCGGCAUUAUGGACAUCAUCUAUGCUGGUGCGUUGCAGACUAUCGCCUGGCUGGGGAAGGGCGGCCCCAAGAUCACGCGGGCUGCUAACAUCCUUGCCAUAAUUGCGCACACGGACGACGAAGCGUGGGGGACCCUGGGCUAA